AGCGCUCACUUCCGGGAGAGCCUGGCGCCCUGGCCACCGCCCGCUCGCAGCUGCCAGCUCGCUGGGGCCGUGGAGCCCGUGAGCGUGCAGGCCAGGCCGCAGCCCAGCGUCUGCGCAGCUCGGGCCGCCGUCCGUCACCAUGGGGGCGUCGGGGCGGCUGCUGCGCGCCGUGAUCAUGGGGGCCCCGGGCUCCGGCAAGGGCACCGUGUCGUCGCGCAUCACCAAACACUUCGAGCUGAAGCACCUCUCCAGCGGGGACCUGCUCCGCCAGAACAUGCUGCAGGGCACAGAAAUUGGUGUGUUGGCCAAGACUUUCAUUGACCAAGGGAAGCUCAUCCCAGAUGAUGUCAUGACUCGGCUGGCCCUCCACGAGCUGAAAAACCUCACACAGUAUAGCUGGCUGUUGGAUGGUUUUCCAAGGACACUUCCACAGGCAGAAGCCCUGGAUAGAGUUUACCAGAUAGACACAGUGAUAAACCUCAACGUGCCCUUUGAGGUCAUUAAACAACGCCUUACUGCUCGCUGGAUCCAUCCGGCCAGUGGCCGAGUGUACAACAUUGAAUUCAACCCUCCCAAGACUGUGGGCAUUGAUGACCUGACAGGAGAACCUCUGAUUCAGCGUGAGGACGACAAACCAGAGACGGUGAUCAAGAGACUGAAGGCCUAUGAAGCCCAGACAGAGCCCGUCCUUCAGUAUUACCAGAAAAAAGGGGUGUUGGAAACAUUCUCUGGAACGGAAACCAACAAGAUCUGGCCCCAUGUAUAUUCUUUCCUACAGACGAAGGUUCCAGAAACUACCCAGAAAGCCUCUGUCACUCCCUGAGGAGGGAGUAGUGAGCAGGGCCGCCUCGCCUCGUCUUUGUUUUUCGAAGCUCUUUUCCUAAGACUUCUCUGAAAAUUAUGACUUCUUCCUAAUGACUUUCUUCUGGAUGUUACUAAGGAUGUGCCAAAUGAGUCAGACACUAAGGCUGAUCUGUUAAAAUAACCUCGGAUGUUUAAUCUAGUUGUCUUCUGUGGAUGUGCAAUUGGAAAACAUCAGAGAUGUUGAAACUUAAGAAAAAAAAUCAGAGCACAACGGAAAAGAACUGGUAAUCGUCUACCCCUCUGUUCAGUUAAAGUGGUCGAUCACAUUUUCACGUUUUCCUGGGAAAGUUCAAAAAAUCACAUAUUACCUGAGGCAGAUAAAUAUCUCAUUAAAGGCCAAUGCCCUUCUAGCCCAGUGGGAUGUGGUAUUUGGGGAGACUGUCUAUAGAUUCUAAAAAGAAAGCAACUGGCUUUAUUUGCAGAUGUUGCCAGAUGCAAACUCACUGCUGCCUUUUCGGGGAAAGGGAGGGCACAGGCCACCAUGCAGUGUCCGCCAUUUACAAGCUUUCAAUCUGCUAUGAAAAUGCAGCCACUGGCACUUAAGAGCACGUGACUUCGGUCUGGCUGGUUCUUUUCCAAACACGCAUGUACUGCGGCCUAUGAUUCUGUCGACUAAGUUCUGGGAGGAACACUGGCAAACGACAGCGGAAUAGUCCUAGGUUCUCACCUGUCACUCAGGCCGAGGACUAGGUUUUAGGACCUACCUGUUAGUUUCUCUCUCACACACAAAUGGACAGUCUGCCUUGAUGAGCAAGCAGUAGUAAAAAGAAAACCGGAGGGUCAGAGAACAGCCCGGGUAGUUUGCCACUGACGUAGAUGGGGUAUGCUGGGGACAGCCCCUUGAUAGAGGCCAGUCAACUAGUCAACAGGCUGGGUUAAAAAGCACUGGAACGGAGUUCCCUCAAGGACAUUUAUAUCUCUAUCAGAGUCUUUGAUUUCAAGGCCCUCUUGUCUCAGCCUCUCAAGUGCUGGGAUCACUGUUGCCACCCUACUUCAAAGGGAACAACUUUUCUUGUACCGUCUAAGGAGCCUCCUCUCCCACCUACAGCACUGUGGAUCCAACUUAUUCUUGUGUUCUGGGCAAGCACCCUAUCACUGUGCUCCAUCUCUAGCCUUAGCCUGUUUUUUUUUUUUUUUUUGGUGACAGGAUCUUAUGUAGUUCUGGCUGUCCUGGAACGACACAGACCAGGCUGGCUUCAAACUCAAGUGCUAGGAUUAAAGAUGUAGAUCACCACUCCUGGCCCCAGCCUUUAGUUUUUGAGACAGGUCUCACUAUAUAGCCCAGGUUGCUUGAAAUGAUGUUGUCCAAGCUGGCCUCAUGUUCAUGAUCCUCUUGUUUCAACAUCCUUAGUGCUUAAAUUACAGGUAUGUACCACUAAACCAAGCCUGUGAAACCAUCUUAAAACUCCAGUCACUUCCUUAGUGGAGUAAGGACAUGUCCUUAGAUACUGUGGCCUGAUGUGAGAAAAUAUGAGAAGUGGAAGAAAAAACAACUCUACCUUCCAGGAAGAUGUAUUUUACUCUUUAUUUUACUUGGUGCUAAAUCAAAGAAUCAAGCCCUUGUACAAGCCUUUGAAAUUUUGGCCUAUUUUAUUUCAGACACUUGAGAUACAAAUGCCAGCAAGUGGUUCUUAUAUAUCUGGGAGUAGGGGAGCAAUCUUUGCUCUUUAAAUUUCACCAUUGAUCUUUCAAAACGGACUAGGCCUUCAAUUAGGAUUCCAAUGAACAUCUUGUCCCUUGUCGAUGUUUCUGUAACGCCUUAUCUGAAUGUUGAUAACUGCUUUCUAACAUUGUUGUGAACUACCUAAAUUUAGGACUGAUCGGUGGGUUCUGUUACAUGUGGUGAUAUCAGCACUGUGGUUGUCGCCCUUUACCUCUCUCGGGCCCUUCACAGGCCCCCAACCCCUUCCUGUUAUCUGCUGUGGCUUCUUUCUAAUAAAUGGUCUUCAACAGUACUAAUAAACAGGUCUUCCCAACAAA